CACUCUACUUCUUUUCCUGUGUUAUGUUUCUGGCUGUGUUGAAUAAAGAUUAAUACAGGAAGUAGGUGAUAAACUGCAGUAACUACAGUCCGUACCAUUUGAAGGCGACAUUGUUUUUCCUGAAAUAUUUUAUUAACUAGCCUACAACAAUGGCCUAGGCUAGGAGCAGUAACGGAGAUAAGAUAGCGGCAGACUGCGAACUAAUCAGUAUCUUAGAGAGGAGCCAUGAAGUGGACCUGGGUGCUUGUGGCAGUCUUGCUGUCCUUUGGGGCCCUAUCUCAGGGCAAGGACAGCUUGGACUUCCCAGAGUAUGAUGGCAAGGACCGCGUCCAUGACCUCAACGCCAAGAACUAUAAGUCUGUCAUGAAGAAGUACGAUGUCAUGGUGGUGUACUACCAUGACCACCCCGGGUCCAGCCGCGCCGCCCAGAGACAGUUUGAGAUCGAGGAGUUGGCCCUUGAGCUUGCAGCCCAGGUCCUGGAUGAGUUUGAUGAUGAGGACGUUGGAGUUGGUCUCAUUGAUGCAAAGCUCGACAAGGCUGUUGCAAAGAAAUUAGGCCUUGAAGAAUCCGACAGCAUCUUCAUCUUCACAGAGGAUGAAGUUAUAGAAUACGAUGGCGAGCUGGCAGCAGACACUCUUGUGGAGUUCAUCUUUGAUCUUCUUGAGGACCCAGUGGAAAUUAUUGACAAUCAUAGGGAACUGAAAGGCUUUGAAAACAUCGACGAGGACAUCAAAUUGGUGGGCUUCUUUAAGAGUCACAAGUCAGAACAUUUUGAGGCUUUUGCUGAUGCUGCUGAAGAGUUCCACCCUCACAUCCAGUUCUUUGCCACAUUCAGUCCCAAGGUUGCCAAGGCUCUGGACCUGAGGCUUAAUGAGGUCGAUUUCUAUGAACCCUUCAUGGAUGAUCCAGUGGUCAUCCCUGGAAAACCCUACACUGAGGAUGAGCUGGUGAAAUUCAUUGAGGAUCAUGACAGACCAACCCUGCGGAAGAUGCAACCACACAACAUGUACGAGAUCUGGGAGGACGAUGUUGAUGGUGAACAUAUCAUCGCUUUUGCUGAGGAAUCUGACCCAGAUGGUUAUGAGUUCCUGGAAAUCCUGAAGGAGGUUGCCAAGGAUAACACAGACAACCCUAACCUCAGCAUUGUCUGGAUUGACCCUGACGACUUCCCCCUGCUAGUGCCACACUGGGAGAAGACCUUUGGCAUUGACCUGUCAUCCCCUCAGAUUGGUGUUGUUGAGGCUGAUGAUGCUGACAGUGUGUGGAUGGACCUGGAUGAUGAUGAAGAUUUUCCAUCUGAAGAAGAGCUGGAGGACUGGAUUGAAGAUGUUCUGUCAGGUGAAAUCGAACCUGAUGAUGAUGAUGACGAAGAUGAAGAUGAUGAUGAUGACGACGACGACGAUGAUGAUGAUGACGAUGAGGACGAUGACGACGAUGAUGAUGAUGACGAUGAUGAUGACGACGACGAUGAUGAUGAUGACGACGAUGACGACGACGAUGACGACGACGAUGAUGAUGAUGACGAUGAUGACUAUUAAGUCAUUAUGUCGUAAUUCUCUCUUUAAGUCUGACCAAUGCAGUUUCAAGAGUCAACAUCAUUAACUCUGUCAAACCAUCUUCUUUGGUAACUAGUUCCUAUGUUGAACUCAUCAGUUCAUUUUGAUGUUUCAUCUUUUCAUCAUCCUGUCUCUGCAUCUCACCACAGCAGUAUUCCAUUAAUCAUCUCUCCCCCUGCAUAUUCACUAAGCCUCCAUGUAACAAAGUACUUUCUAAGAUCCCACAGUAACUUCCCACAUGUAACACUGUCUGGUACAAUAAAAAAAGAAAUUCUUUCAAAACCUUGCCAUCUACUGAUAAUUAUUUUUAUAUUAUUAAAGAGUUUAUUUUAUAAAGUACUGGAGGGGUGUCUGAGUGCACCUAUGAAGUCUGUUGCACUUUGAAUGUGUUUAUGUCCACUUAUUUUCUUGUUUGCCCCAGUAUUGAAACAAAUGAAGCCAGAUCCAAUGGUGCUAGCAGGUUUUUCUGACAGGUCUUGAGUAUCAACAGCCUACUCUGUGAAGUCAAUGUAACAUUGUACACUGAAAGUGCUGUACAUCAUAUGGAUGUUUUCUACAAUGAUGAAAUAUGACAACAGCCAUAUUCUAUUUUUGUAA